AUGAUGCAACCUACACCUGCUCCCACCUCUCCUCCAAGUUCCCAAAUCCUUGCACAACUGUUCGAUGAAGAACCCGACUUCCCGCCACCACCUCCAGUUCGCCAUGGAACUGCUCCAUUCUCCGUGGUUGCUGGCUUGUUUGACAAACUACAGAGCGAGAGAAAGCCAGAGAAAAGACGGAAGCUUCUGCAUGCAUGGUUUGAUCAUUGGCGAAAACAAGUGGGCUACGACCUUUACCCUGUCCUUCGCCUCAUUCUGCCCCAGAAAGAUCGCGAGCGAGCAAUUUAUGGCCUGAAAGAAAGGAAUUUGGCCAAAGCCUACAUUAAACUGAUUCCAUUAGGUUCAAAGGACCCGGAUGCAAUCCAGCUUCUAAAUUGGAAGAAGCCUUCGGACAGAUACAGAUCUUCUGGCGAUUUCCCUCUCGUCCUAUACGAAGUCGUCAACAAGCGGUCUUCUGUGACUGAGAGUUUGUUAUCAGUCCAUGAGCUGAAUAAUAUAUUGGACGAUCUUUCUAAGAAUACCGGAAAACAUGACGCUCAGGUCAAGAUAUUGCAACGCAUCUACAACUCUACCACGCCGGAGGAACAGCGUUGGAUCGUAAGGAUUAUCCUGAAAGGGGGUCAAGACAGGCCAACCUUUUGUCCAGACCUGAAUGUUAACGUCAAAGAAACCACAAUCUUCUCGGUUUUUCACCCAGAUGCCCACGAUUUGUUCAAUACCUGCUCAGACCUCAAAAAAGUGGCAUGGGAGCUCUGGGAUCCUGCGCGCCGGCUGAACGCUGAGGAAAAAGCGGUGCAAUUGUUUCAUGCUUUCGCACCCAUGCUCUGCAAGAGGCCGACCAAGCGCAUUGAAGAAUCGGUCAAAGACAUGGGAGGACGAACAUUCAUCUUGGAGGAAAAAUUAGAUGGGGAACGCAUGCAGCUUCACAAAAGAGGCAAUGAAUAUUUCUAUUGUUCGAGGAAAGGCAAAGACUAUACAUAUCUGUAUGGCAAGCAUGUCGGUACAGGAAGUUUGACACCCUUCAUUGAUGCUGCAUUCGAUGAGCGGAUAGAAGAUGUCAUCUUGGAUGGAGAAAUGCUUGUCUGGGACCCAGUCUCUGAGAAAAAUCUACCAUUCGGAACGCUCAAGACUGCUGCGCUGAAUGACAACAAGAAAGAAUUCAAUCCUAGGCCGUGCUUCAAGAUAUUCGAUCUCCUCUACCUGAAUGGCAUAUCCCUCAUUCACAGGUCCACCAAAUUUCGCAAACGCAAUCUUAAAGCAUAUAUUACAGAGAUUCACGGGCGAAUUGAAUUUGUCGCAGAAUUUGAAGCUAAAACUGCAAAAGAUGUCCGUGAAAAAAUGGACGAAAUCAUGGCUAAUAGAGGAGAAGGGUCAAACCGGAAUAUAUGGUGGGUGCCAAUAUGGUCCUCUGUGCGUUUCCCGCAAUGUCCUCAUCAAGAAGCCCAGCUGCCAACUACGGAUCCGGAAGACGAGGAGGCGGAGUCUCGACACUCAUCUGUGCCGUACUUGAUGAUCGCAAUUCUGAUGAAGGGGAGGAACCCAAGCUCUGGAUUCUCCUACACGGACUAUUUAUGGAUUCGAGACAAACCAUGGAAGACCUGGGAUCAACAAAACUCACCCAGCUUUUUGCAAACCGCAGCGAGGUCUCUCGAGGAUAAGGGCGAUGUAUAUCUUGACCCUGAAGAUUCAUUCAUCAUCAAGGUCAAGGCUGCUGAGAUUACAUCUUCGGACCAGUAUCACCUCGGCAUGACGAUGCGCUUCCCGAGAGCCUUGUCAAUCCGUGAUGAUCUAUCAAUUCACGAUUGCGUAACCGCUACAGCUGUCAUGGAGAGUCAUCGAUCUGAAAAGAAAAGGAAGGCAGAGAAUGAAGCAGGCAAAUUCACAAAGAAACGCAAGGGCAAUGGAAAAGGACCUCUCAAGCCGUUAAUGCUACCGGAGUAUCAAAGCACGAAUGUCAAGGGUGUACAAGUCGAAUCCGACUUAUUUGAGGGGAUGACUUUCACAGUAGUAUCAGAUCCCAGGUCAAGAACGCGAGACGCAGACACACAAGAAAUGUUCAAGAUAAUUCGGGCAAAUGGCGGAAAGAUUGUCCAGAUUGCAAAGAAUCAGCCUGGUCUUUUAGUGGUUUAUGGAGGGAGAACGACCCCGUACGAUAUCAAAUCAAUCAUGGACAAGGGGUUGCACGAUAUCAUCCGACCGCAGUGGAUCAUCGACUGUGUAGCUGCAUCGGAGAAAGUUGCUAUGUCAAAGAAGUACUUCUUCCAUGCCACCGCCGUGCGGAUGCACAGCGACGACUACAAUAUCGAGGAUGAUAGUAGCGCGAACGACGAGUUGAAUGCUGUGCGCGAAUCGGGUACGCCAACUGCGCCCGCACUCAUACAAGAAUCGAGACGUGAAGACGAUGAGAAAACGGAUACCGGGGACGAGGAUUCAGAGCUGAGAGAUUGGUUUCAAAUCCAACGGAAGCACACCGCUCCAACAUCGGCAGAGAUGUCGGACUCAGCUACUGAUCCUGAUUCGGAUCAUGAGGAUUUCGAAGAGCCUAUUGGUGUCAAUGACGAAUGGUUAUCCGUGGACAUACCAGAGGAAUCGACGGAUAAUGAGGUAUCUCAGGAUUCCACUAAGCCCAGCCUUGACGUGAAAAUGGGCGAAAAUGACAACGCCAUGGAGUAUGAUCAAGAGCUUAUUUUCAAACAUCUAUGCUUCUACCUAGACUCUCCUGACAAUGCUCGGAAGCAUGGAAUGCCGUGCAAGGCCAAGCACGAAGACGAUAUAAGCCGAAAUUUCUUCGAGAUGGAUAAGAUGAUCAUUCAAAACGGAGGGGCCGUCGUUGAGCUAGACGACCCGAAGCUCACACAUGUCAUAAUCGACAAGCGUGAUGAUAGCCGUCGUCGUGAGCUGAUCUCCAGAACGUCCAAACCCAAGCGGCGCAAUAUUGUAGUUGCUGAUUGGAUCCAGGCAUGCUUGGACGAAGACACCCUACUGGACGAAACUGGUCUAACCGCAUUUUCAACUGUUACCGUAUACCUGCCACACUAUGUCAGUAUCACGACAGAGGAUAAUAAUCCAGGUCCUGAAGAACUCGAUUUCCUGGAGGAUGUCCUAGACAGACACGAGAUUUCCGACAAUGAUGUGGAGAAUUCAAUAGAGCUCAUAGCGAAGGAGUACAAUAAACAAGAUGACGCGAAUAUGAAAGUUGCAUUCCACAUUCUAAAGCGCGUGUACGAUAAUCUCCAGAAUGCAGGGGAGCAUGGUACGCAGAAAGAAGACGUCUCCAUCCAUCCGGACAGCCAUCUUUUUUUUGUCAACGCCUUCGAAAUGCCCGCGUGGCAUUGGUCUCAGGAAAAGGGUACCUUUGAACAAUCUACGAAGCAGCUCUUGGGACGCGCUGACCAGCGAUUCUUGCUCUUCGGCAUGCUUGCCCACACAAAAGAAGGAAAUAUAUGUCUUGAAGAUCAAGAUGGCUUUGUUGAGCUUGAUUUCUCACAACUUAACCAGCCGAGCGAAGGCUUUUUUACGGAAGGGGCCUUCGUUCUAGUUGAAGGGGACUACACAGAGGAUCAAACUUUCAUUGUCAUUGCGAUAGGGCAUCCUCCGUGCGAAAGCAGACAAACAGCGCGGUCAAUCUACGGCCAUGUAGACUUCUUGGGGAAAGGUGCUACUACCCCUUUAGAAGACUCCCAAUAUGCGCUCCGCAUCCAGGAAGAUCUUUCAGAUGUUACGUUUUUCGUCCUGUCCGAUGUUUGGCUCGAUCAUCCGGAUACCCUUCGCGGCCUUCAAAAACUCUUUGACAACUGCAUUGAAACCAAUUUCAUUCCCAAAGUAAUGAUUAUGUGUGGCAACUUCACCAGUCGAGGCAUCAGCCAGGGAAGCAACAGGGAUAUCUCAAAGUACCAAGAGGGAUUUGAUUCAUUAGCCGAUUUGAUUGCUUCCUAUCCUCAAAUGACGCAAAAUACACAUUUCGUACUGGUGCCAGGACCAUUGGAUUUAGCGAUCAAUUCCAUCUUACCUCGACGACCUCUGCUCUCGUCUUUCGUCUCCCGCUUGAAGUCAAAGGUACCGAAGUUACAACUGGGCAGUAAUCCAUAUCGUAUCAAAUUUUUUGAUCAAGAAAUCGUCAUCUUCCGGGAAGACAUGAUGGCAAGGAUGUUACGAAACCUCGUUGGAGUGAAACCGACAGUCAGGGGUGAAGAGCUGAAGAGAUAUGUGCGUGUAAAGAAUCGCAGCACACUGGUUCAGGACUAA